AUGUAUUUAUUUUGUUUGAAUUUUAUUUAUUAUGGUUCUACUAAAUGUGUAGAUUAAGUUCCAGGUUACUUUUUUCAUUAAUCAAUUUAAUAGACUAUAUCUAGCCAAAAGUAAUAGGAAUUUCAAAGGAAUAGUAUUUUACUAUUAAUAAAAAUAUUGGUUUUUCAAAAAUAGAUUAAUGAAAAAUGGGUGAAACUAUUAAUAUGGAAAUAUCUUCAAUUUAACCUAAUUCUACUUCUUCAGAUAGAGGCACAAAAAUAACUAUUAUGGGUAUACCAAAAGGCUGAAUAGAACCUUUAUAUUCUAAAUUAAUGGUUUAAAUAUUAAGCUUUUAUCAAAAUUAAAUACAUAAUUAAUAUUUAUAACUCUCAGUAUAUCACUUUAAUUUAAUUCUAAAACAGUCACAAGUACCUUAACAUAUAAUUAAUUAUUGAGAAUUCAAGUUAUAGGUUUAUCAUUUGCAUAAUUAUUUUCUAAGAAUAAUUUUGCUAUGCUUUAUANAUUAAAUAGAUGAAAUCUUACAAAUCUUCUAAUGUUUUAUAAUUUACAAGUUUAGAAAAGGUAUAUCACAUAAAUUUGAAAUUUUGUUCUGCUAUCUUAAGUAAGGUAUAAUCUUUAGGAAGCUUCAGAAGGGUACUCUUUAAAUAAAAAAGUACAAGAAAAAUAAAACUCUGA